AUGAUUGAGAACCCUUUUCUAGCAUACGAUCCUGAAAAAAGCACUGGAUCCUAUGGCCAGGGGCACAGAUUUGAUUUCUAUAUGAGCUUGAGUGGGUGGUUUCAGGACCCAAGCAGACCCCUGCACCAAAGGCAGCUGCACUGCAAAUAUAUGAGGGUGAUAUUUUCAAGAGUAGAUGGCUCAUUGAAAAUCCAUCACCACUUCUGGAAAGCAUCAAAAAGUGAUGAAUCUUUGCAAGAAGAACAAUCCUCCUCCCAAUUCCUUCUGCCAAGAGAAAGUAGGCAAUUGACCUUUACUCUCUGGAUUUGA